CCAAGCCAUCUUACCUCAACGUUCAAGGUCAACAUUACCUUCAAACUUCCGAAUUUACUCGAAACUCGAUACCAUACAACGCCCAUUCAUCUUGAAGCAUUCACCGAUAUAUUUUUACAGGGACACAACAGGCAUACACGAACCUUUAUCUUUUCCCACCCAGACGUGACAGGCUACGCACUGAGGGGUGUUGUACACGUUGGAACUGCAUACCGUCGGGGUUGAGAUAUUCGUUCGUUUAGCGAAUCAACUAUAUCAGAGUAUGGAUACUCAAUAUAGUGUCAAUUAUCAUCAACUCGCAUAAAUCGAUUACGACGCACGGAGGAACUGGAUUUCACUGGAUCAAGAACCGUUCAACAGCAUCGCGAACUCGAGGUCGACGUCCAUCAAUUCUGUCAUACACUGGUCCUUGUCCAGCGCUCAAAAGAUAUAUAAAUAUGUACAUUGGACAUGUGGUUUACGGCUUUUUUGCUGUCCCUCACUUUCUCUCCACUUCCAUUUUUUUGCAAUGAGUUUCUUCCAAGAAGCCUGCGGGGUUUCGAUUGGACAGGGCACAUUCAACGCGGUUACGGGAAACCAGACAAAUCAUAUCUAUAAUGGGAUGGUUCAGCAGAAGAAGCAUACAAUAUACGACGAAUUCUACGAAAUCAAGCUCGGCGGAGUGCACAGAAUUCGGGACAUACAUUGCGAGAAUUACCCAAGGCGAUGGGACAUCGGUAUCAGGGAGUGGUAUGAAGAGAGACGCCUUCGUGUUGAUCGAACGAUUUGUGCUGCCGAAAUCCGUGGUGAACAGGGCUCAAGGUUUACGGUGGUUUCGUACAGUGGACCAGAAAAGGAUAAGGCAUGGAAGGAAGACUUUCAACUGGUUUCGAAAGCUACAAACACGACCAAGAUGCAACUAUUCGGGAUCAACCGGUCAAGUGUGCCUCUGCUGAUAUUUUAUGGAGAGCUUGUGCCUCUUGCCCAUGUGUGGGAUAGGGUUGGACUCUUGGGGCAAAGUUAUGCUAAUACAUUGUCGUACGACGUAUUGGAUUGUGCCGCUCCAUCUGAGAUGUGGAUAGAUCCUGCGCAAGGAACUUUGAUUCGUGGAGUGGAGGGGCCCAAUCGCUAUCUAUAUCAUCCUAACUUGUCCGAGUCCUCUGUCGAGACGCUGCCACCACUGCUAUCAAGUGUCGAACUUCUUCUCGACGAAGAUGUUUGCUUCCGCUACUUGUCUCGGUUCCCAUUUGAUAAGGAAUUCGACAGACGCGUCAUUGAGGUGCUCUACUUCACGUCCGAGAAUGGGUGGAGAUCUCGGAUUGUCCAUCAUGAGAAACCCUACGUACUUUCAAGCACGACAAAUUCCAUAAUCGCAGUCGGAAGUGGCAGUCACGUAUACUGGACUGGAUUUAGUGGAUUCGAGUGCCUUGAAGACCAAGUAUUGAUGCCAGAUGGGAGAACAAGAUUCACUCUUAUCAACGAAGCCACAAACUUGAUUUUAUGCUCCGAUAUACUUGGCGAUAAACGUGUCUGGCUCUCACAGGCUUCGAGUAUAUUUGACAGACUCGGAAUUUCGUUGAACGACGAUCUGUCGUCUUACAAGCUCAUCCUACCAGACAUCGAGUUGAGAGGAUCAAUUGAAGGCUCGCAACGACGCUCGGAGGAUCAACCCAUAUACCUAUUCCUCCAUCAGCUCCAUAGUAUCUCUCCGCCACUCGAAGUUGGUUCAGUCGUGUCCAUCCACACCUGGUCUCAUGAUAAAAAUGGACAAAUAGCCAUCCCACGCCAUCAUUACAAAGACCUUGGUCUACCCACUGAGCUUAGUGUGAAAGAAUUCACAAGCUACCCAUGUUCCUGGCCUAGCGAGACGUACAAAUCCAUCCACAAAUGGCAGAUUGCAAGAGGAUUUGAUCCAACUACCAUUGACUUCACGCGUUACCUGAGAUAUCCCAUAUAUGAAGUUCAGCAAGAGUCAGGGUCAGCUAGGUUUGAAGAAGUGUGCGUGGAUGAAUUUCCAUUCCUUUUUGGCAAGUUGUGUUGGUCCGAUAAUUCACGCUCUCUAGGCCUGUCUGAAGCAUCAACCUUUGCGGAAAACUCAAGGUGACGAGGUUAACGACAAAUGGUUCAAUCUGAUCAGCACUCAAAGCACCGUUCACGUACGCCGCCGACGAAGAAUCGAACAUGUCGGCGGCAUUGAUGUCGGACUGUCGGACACUGUCGGAGCGACGGAAUGGUCCAUACGAAGAGUGGUUCAGUAUCGGUUGCAAACACGGCUUUAUAUUACUAUGCAAAGUUACAGU